CAAACACAUUUUAUACUCAUCACACUAGGAAUCUGAAAAAUGAGAGUCAAACCAAAUUAAAUACCCAUGUUAAAUGAGCUUGAAUUAUAAGAAAAGCUAGCUCAAAGACGAGGGUGUCCAAAUAUAUUUAUACAUCCAACGGUGUAGGAACCCUGAGUGGGACUCAAACAAAUUCAAAACAACUUGAAUACCUCGAACUAGGGAAACAACCUCAAAAUCUCUUCAUAUUUACCAGGUGCUUGAACUUGAUGGACAUGAGGAGGAGAGUAUUUCUCCUUGCACAAAAGAUGGUUCAAUUGAUUGUUAUGGAAAACCAGCUGUAAAAGCUAGGACAGGUGGAUGGAGGAGUGCCGCAUUGUUGUUAGUGAAUCAAUUACUAGUUGCAUUGGCUUUCACUGGAGUUGAAGUAAAUUUGGUUCUCUUUGCAAAGUUAGUAUUGAGACAAAGUAAUGCUGAGUCAGCAAACACUUUUAGCAGAUGGAUGGGAACUACCUAUUUCUUCUCUCUAAUUGGAGCUUUUAUUAGUGACUCAUACUUGGGAAGAUACCUCACUUGCAUCAUAUUUCAAGUUGUGUUCAAUAUUGGAUUGGUGCUAUUAUCCUUAUCAACUCACUUCCUUUUACUUAAACCUCAAGGUUGCGGAAAAAUAGGGUUUCUAUGUGAACCUCAUACGCCACUUCAAGUUGCAAUACUUUACAUAUCAAUAUAUCUAAUAGCUUUAGGGAAUGGAGCUGCUGAUCCUGCAUUAGCAACAUUUGGUAAUGAUCAAUUUGAUGAGGAAGAACCUAAAGAAGAAAAAUCUAAGAACUUAUUCUAUAGCUACUUUUAUGUGGCAUUGAAUCUAGGAUCAUUAGUAGCUGAAACAGUAUUGGCUUACAUAGAAACUACAGGAAAUUGGGUGCUCGGAUUUUGGAUAUGUUCCGGUUGUGGCGUUUUUUCAUUUCUUAUUUUUAUGACCGGAACUCUUAGAUAUCGACACAUGAAGCCUUCUCGAAACCCUAUCUCGAGAUUUGCACAAGUGUUUGUGUCUUCUAUGAAGAAAAUAAAAUUUCAAGUACCUGCAAAUGGAGAAGGCUUAUAUGAUGAUAAAGAAGGGGAUGAACCUAGUGUUAAGAGAAUGCACCACACAAAUGGCCUUAGGUUUCUUGAUAGAGCUGCUAUUAUUUCUACUAAGGAAAAGAACAAGUUGCUCGAGAAAGGCGAAAACCCGGAUCCUUGGAAGCUUUGCACUGUGACACAAGUUGAAGAAGUGAAAUGUAUUUUGAGACUAUUGCCGGUAUGGCUUUGCACAAUCUUCUCCUCUGUCGUCUUCAUACAAAUGCUUUCUCUAUUUGUCGAACAAGGUUCUACAAUGAACAGAUCAUUUUACAAGUUUCAAAUCCCUCCUGCAAGCAUGACAGCAUUCGAUAUCAUAAGCACGUCAGCAUUCAUCAUGUUAUUUGACGUUCUCAUUGUUCCAUUAUACGUGAAAAUCGUCAAAAGAGAUCCAAAACUUCCUAGCGAGCUACAAAGAAUAGGCAUUGGACUAUCAUUUACGAUACUAGCUUUGAUUGUCGCCGGUUUAGUAGAGAGAAAAAGACUCGAGUUCGCUAGCACCGACGGUAAAGAGACAAGUUCUUUGAGUAUAUUUUGGCAAAUACCACAAUAUGUGCUUGUAGGAGUAGCCGAAGCAUUUGUGUACGUUGCACAAAUGAAUUUUUUCACAUCACAAGCACCAGAUGGAUUGAAAAGUUUGGGAAUGGGGUUAUCUAUGUCCUCAUCGGCACUCGGUAGUUAUGUGGCUGAUAGUAUUUUGACUGUCGUAAUGAAAAUCACUUCGACUCAUGGACGACCUGGUUGGGUUUCACCGAAUCUAAAUGAAGGUCAUUUAGAUAGGUUUUUCUUCUUGUCAGCAUCUUUAACAGCUAUUAAUUUGAUAUUUUAUAUUGUGUGCGCAAGAAGAUAUAAGGAAAUAGAAUUGGAGAAAAAAGAAGAAAAGAAAGAGGAAGUUGUGAUUUGAUUUUGAGACUAUGGCAGCUAGGAAAGAAAAUAGAGUAAUAUUUGUGUCAUGUGUGACAUGAUUUUAUGGACUAUAUGUUUUUAUAUACUUUUUUUAAUUUUAUAUGGAAACAGAUUCUUGUAAAGGCUUGAUAUCAAAUACUGUUAUAGAGCCUAAAAAUCUGUAAUUCAAUUGAUACUAGAAAUUUUAGACUUGCAAAAUGAA